ACCCUAAGUUUUAAUUUCAUUUUUAUCAUUGUUUGGUUGUGAAUUUGUGAUUAUAGUUGAAUACUUGAAUUAGUUGAGUUGAUUUGUUGUUGGUCAUGAUGUAUUGAUUCAUGUUUUAGGUUUAUUUAGUUUGUAAUUUCUAAUUUCUAAUUUAGAAUUAUAAAUAUGAGUUGAUUUGUAAUUGACUAGUUUGGUUUAAUAAUGUAAUUGAUUUAUGUUUAUUAAUUUAAUUAGGAAAUGUCAAGUGAUUUACAUUAACAAGACAAGGCUAUAAGCAUUUUGGAAUUUUGGACUUAAAAUAUUAAACAAUUUCCGAAUGUUCUAGCAUUUUGGAAUUUGAAAUCGUAUCUAUUAAUUUAUGAUAGUUUGAUUUCUUAUUGUUGAAAUUAGUCCAUUAAAAGUUACUUAGGAGGAUGAAUUGUUGAAUAUACAAUGUAACUGAUUAAGAAUUGAAGCCCCUGCUGUGAAUUGUUUUGUUGUCAAUUGCUUGAGUUCUCUUUGUUAAUCUCUAUUCUAUAUGGGAAGAGAGGGGGACACCAAAAUAAUGAAAGCCUACCUCUAACAAAUUAAGCAUAUUUACAUUAAAUAGAAUACAAAAAAGAGGAAAAGAAAUAAAGAUUUUCAAAUUAGUAAACCUCCCCAUUCCCCAAUAUCAAAUCGUAUUUUUUUCCAUUGUUACUUUUUCCAAAAGCUUGAAGAUUUGCAGAGUUCUCAAACUUCAAGUGGUGUAUAAGUGGUGAUUUUUCCCCGUGUUACCUCAGUCUCUCUCCUGUUUCUUUUGCACUCUGAACUGACGAAUACCACCACCGCACCACCGCUCACGGGUCCACCACAGCACUCCGAAUUUCAAACUCCAAAUUUGGAGAGAAGAAAAUUGAAGUCGAGGUUUGUGGUUUUUUAGAUUUGGGAAUUUUGUUGUGUUGUUGAGUUUUUGAAGGUAGAUGUUAAAUUUUGGUUCUUUUGUUGUUGAAAUGUGGAGGAUACUUGCAUGAGUUUUGGUGAAAAGUCAUGAUUUUUUUUGGCAUGAAUUAGAUCUUCUUUACAAAGAUUAUCAGAUUGAUCAAAGUUCAACAUCACUAUCUACUCGGCUACUGGUGUUAAAAUGAAGCAAGAAGAAGUAAACUGUUGCCAGAUUCAUGAAUGGUAUCCGAAAUUUAAAUCUGUCUCGAUAAAGACGAUUAUCCAUGAACUCCCAGAAUCUUUUAUUCAGUAUUUGGAUGGAGGAUCUGGACCCUUUCUUCUUCCAAUGUCUGUGUCAAAUGAGGACGCCUUGCCUAAUAGGAUUCAUAAACCUGAAGAUGAGGAGGACUAUCAAGUUUCGGAAGGAUCUGAAGACGAAUCAGAGCAACCACCACCACCCCCUUCUUUCCCAGAACUUGAAUUGAAGAUUAAGGACUCCAUAGAAUCCCUCGGUGGUGCUGUUUUUCCCAAGUUAAACUGGAGUUCACCGAAAGAUACUGCCUGGAUCAGCCCCACUGGAACCCUGAAAUGCACUUCAUUUAGUGACAUAGCUCUCUUACUCAAAUCGUCUGAUUCAUUGGUCCAUGAUUUGUGCCAUGCAUAUGACUCAUGCACUGACAAGACUUUGUCAAGACCGCCUCAUUUUUAUCUUGCCCUUCGCAAAUGGUACCCUUCCAUAAGACCUGAGAUGGAGUUCCGUUGCUUUGUUCAUGCUCAGCAACUUGUUGGAAUUUCUCAACGUGAAGUCACUGCUUAUUAUCCCUCUGUGCUGGAAAGGAAAGAUGAGCUUAAAGAUCUUAUCCAUGAUUUUUUCUUUAAUAAUAUUGAAGGGAGAUUUGAUUCUGAAGACUACACAUUUGAUGUUUAUGUCACAAAAGAUAGGAGGGUCAAGUUGAUUGAUUUCAAUCCUUGGGGUGCGUUUACGUUGCCGCUACUGUUUGCUUGGGAGGAGUUGGAGCAAGGAGGAAGGUUAGAGGAAGAUGUUGAAAUCAGAAUAGUGGAAAGCCAGCAUACAGUGCGCCCAGGUCUGAAGACUGCUGUUCCUUAUGAUUAUAUAGAUAUGAACCCUGGGAGCGGUUGGGAUCAAUUUUUAAGGAAUGCAGAUGAGGAGUUGCAGCAUCAGAUGAGGUCUUCAGAAGCAGAAUCGGUUUUGCAGAGUGGCCAUUUGAAUUUUGAUGGAGGCUUUGAGACUUUCUAGUUAUAUGAGGAUUGAUGAGUAUGAAGCCGGACUGAAUUACUUUGAUGAGUGUUCUGAGAGCUUGUGCUCACCUUGAUUAUCCGGAACAAGGAAAACCUUUCAUGGUUGUGUCCUUUAAAUGAGGCUUGAAUGAUUCAAUCAGAAAAAGAUUUGCAGAUUUUUCACUUACUGCUAUGUAUGCAAAAUGUGGGCAAGCGAGCCGAUGCUAUGACUUCAGGAUAUGCUAAGAAUGACUAUGCUGCAGAAGCAGUAGAGCUGUUCAAAAUAUUGGCGACGAAGAAGGAUAUAAAGCCAGACUCUAUUACUUUCAGGGCUACUACUCUAGCCAGACUAUCAAAGUCGUUGAAUGAUUAUGUUACUAGAAGUGAAUAAUGGUAUCAUGUAUUUGUCAAAACAACACUUGAUAGAUUUUACAAAUGUGGAAGUCUUAAAUUAGCGAGGCGAGUUUUCAAUAGGAUUCAUGAUAAUAAUGAUGUUUUUUGGAGUGCCAUGAUUGUGGGAUAUAAAUUACAUGAUUGUGGCCAAUAAGCUAUUGAUCUUUUU